AUGGCAACGGCAGAGCCAACCACUACGGCAGAACUGUCAGAACUAAAACAACAGCGAGCCUCGACGAAAGCGAGUAUUUCAAGAAUCAAGGCGUUCGUCAAAGGAAAGAGUAAUUCGCUCUCACAACCAGAACUGAAAUGUCGACUAGGUAUUUUAGAAUCAUAUUUUAAACAAAUCUUAGCUUUUCAGACGUUGAUCGAGAAAUUAGAUGCAACUGACUCAGCUAGAGAUGAAUUAGAAGACCUAUACGUUUCCACCAAAAUAUUAAUCAUGUCUCAACUGCAGGAAGAGGCCCACAAUGCAUCAGUGCUAGACGUAACAGCAAUGAUGCCCACCUCAAAUCGCGAAAUAUACCUCACAAAUAUUGAAAAAUUUAAUCACUUACUGAACUGCCUUACUGGUCAAGCUCUAGAGACAGUACAGGCAUUUCCUAUUUCGAAUGAAAACUAUCCAAAGGCUCUGGAUAGGCUUAAAUCGCGCUAUGACAAUAAUAGCCUAAUCUUCGCCGAAAAUAUCGCGACACUAUUUGAUCUACCAGCAGUAUCGGGUCAGUCAAGCCAACAACUUCGUAGUCUGGUAAACAAUGCAUCCGCUUUGUAUGGUUCACUCUGUUCGCUAGGUACAGAGAAACAAAUAUGUGAGGCUCUACUUAUCUCGCUAAUCAUGCAAAAAACGGACGCAAUUACACGCAGGAAAUGGAAUGAAUCGCGUAACUUCGACACAUUACCCAGUUGGGAAGAUUGCUCAAAAUUAUUGGAUAGGCAUUGCCAGUUUCUCGAAUCACUCGACAGUGGAAACGGCAAUCAGUCAUCAUCACAACGUAAACCUAAUAAUCUUAACUCCAAGAGUAACAGACGCUCAAAACAAUACGCAUUUGUUGCAUCUACAUCCAGCAAUUCUUGCUCAUUUUGUUCUAGCAAUGAACACCUAAUACAGAAUUGUCAUCGUUUUAAGGCACUGGAGGUGGUUCAAAGGUUUGAAAAGGUGAAGAGCCUAAAACUCUGCAUAAACUGCUUAUCGCCACGCCAUCAUGUGGUUAAUUGCACAUCAACGUUUAAAUGUAAGGUUUGCGCAAAGCCACAUCACACUCUCUUGCAUCAUUCGCAAUUGCCAACGAAUAUUAAGAGAGCGGGAUCAUCACGACGCACAGAACACGCUGCUAUGCCCAACGACAACGUUGCCAGCCAUUCCCAUCUUAAUAUGUCAUCGGCCGAGCAAAUAAUUCUAGCUACUGCAUUGGUUUUAGUGAAGGAUUCAUCGGGAAGUUAUCAAGUGGGUAGAGACUUGCUUGAUUCAUGCUCUCAGGUCAACUUCAUAACGGAGGAGUUUUCAAAGAAGCUUAGUUUAGCAAAACAUAAACAUCGGUUGCAUGUUUCCAGUAUUGGUAGUUCGUUGACCAACAUAAAGUAUCAGACGCUCACAUCAAUCAAAUCUCGUCAUUCAAAUCUUGAACUUGCUUUAAACUUUGGUAUUACGAAUCACAUCGCAUAUCAACCAAGUUCUGAAAUCGAUAUAUCGUCGUGGAAGGUUCCACCAAAUACACCUCUCGCCGAUGAGCAAUUCUUUAAAUCCAAGCGCGUUGAUCUCUUGCUUGGAGCUGAAAGUUUCUUUGAUAUUUUGUCUGUCGGUCAAAUCAAACUAGGUGAAAAUUUUCCAGUACUUCAAAAAACACUAUUAGGAUGGAUUGUAUCUGGCAAGUACAAGGGUCAGCCAUUUGCAUCACCAGCAGCAAAAUGCCUAUUAUCAGUUGAAGAUACAGUCUCCGAUCAAUUAGAAAUGAUGUGGAAGAUAGAGGAAGUGCAAUCGGCUUCAAAGUCAUGGUCACCAGCACAUGUUGCGUGUGAGUCAUUAUAUCGUGAAACGGUUCACCAAAAUGCGAUGGGAAGAAUUGUCGUUCGGUUACCAUUCAAAGAUUCACCAGAUUGUCUUGGUUUGACACACAAUACCGCCUUGCGCCGUUUUUAUUCUGUAGAACGGCGAUUGUCAUCUAAUCGUGCACUGAAGCAAGACUAUCAAGAAUUCAUGAAACAAUAUCGAGAGCUCGGACACAUGACGCGUGUUGAGACUCCGAAAACCAACGAACCUCAUUAUUAUAUCCCUCAUCAUUGUGUUUUAAAACCGUCGAGCACUUCGACCAAGCUGAGGGUGGUUUUUGAUGCGUCAUGUCCAACAACUUCGCAACGUUCAUUAAAUGAUAUUCUACUGGUCGGCCCGACAAUUCAGUCGGAGUUAUAUUUGUUGCUACUUCAAUUUCGUUUGCACCGAUAUGCCUUGACGGCUGACAUUGUUAAGAUGUACCGACAGAUACUGAUAGAUGAACCAGAUCGAAAAUUCCAAUAUAUUUUUUGGCGAGAUACGGAGUCCGAUCCUGUUAGUACUUACGAGUUGAAUACAGUCACUUAUGGUACUGCAUCAGCACCUUUCCUAGCAACCAGGAGUUUGCAGUAUUUGGCGGACAAAUUUGAAACACAAUACCCAAUAGGCGCUGCACUCAUUAAAUCAUCGUUCUUUGUCGACGACUUCUUAGGUGGAGCAGAUUCCAUUGAUCAACUCACCAAUAUCAGACAUCAGUUAACGGCCAUUCUACAGAAGGGUUGCUUCGAUCUUGACAAAUGGCAUUCAAACCAUCAUGACUUCAUCAGCGAUACUACAACAAAGAGUUUGAAUCUUGAUACAGAUACAGUCACCAGCGCUCUAGGCAUCAAGUGGCACCAAAUGCAAGAUGUUUUCCUAUUUUCGUUCAAUGCACAACCAGGUCAUAUUGUAACAAAACGCACCAUCUUAUCCCUUGCGUCUUCAUUAUUCGACCCGCUUGGAUUACUAGCACCGAUCAUACUCGUAGCCAAAAUUAUGAUGCAAGAAUUGUGGCUUUUGCGUGUGGACUGGGACGAGUCAAUCCCUCAAAAUCUUCACUCAGCUUGGAAAACAUUUAUUCAAGAUCUUACAACGCUUUCAUCGGUUAAGGUGCCGAGAUACUGCCUAUCCAUAAACUAUCAACAGGUUGAUGUACACGGUUUCUGUGACGCUUCAAUACGCGCAUAUGGUUGCUGUAUAUUUCUCCGAUCACAAAACACAUCAGGUAAGGUGACGGUCAGGCUAUUCACUGCAAAAUCCCGUGUGGCACCUAUAAAGCGGAAGUCGCUACCUAAACUAGAACUCUGUGGUGCCUUACUUCUUGCCAAACUGUAUCAGAAGGUCCAACCAAUAUUUGCGCAAUUUAAGGGUGAAACGUUUUUUUGGACUGAUUCACAGAUUGUAUUACAUUGGUUGAAGCAGCACUCAUCAACCCUGUCUGCAUUCGUUGGCAAUCGAGUAGCGGAAAUUCAAGAUAUUACCGCAAAUGGGCAAUGGAGACACGUUCCUACCCAAUCCAACCCGGCAGAUGUUGUGUCGCGCGGCUGUAACAUCCGCCAAUUAUCAGAGUCUUGUUGGUUUACGGGGCCGGAAUUUUUGUUACUCGCUGAUAAAUACUGGCCGCAUUUGAAAUGUCACAACCUGGAUAUGGAAGAAGUCAAUAAAGAGACGCGAAAGGUUGUAUUCGUUAACACAAAUGAAGACAACUACGUAUUACAGGUAUUGUCAAGAUAUAGUUCAUACACUAAGAUGCUACGAGUAAUAGCGCAGGUACAGCGUUUUUAUCAUGUAACCAAGAAUAAAUUGAAGAACGGAGAAUGUACCCUCCAACCUAUUCAGCUACAAAAGGCAUUGCACUGUAUUAUUUGGGUCAUCCAACAGCAAUUCUUCGAAAUUGAUAUACAACGCCUACAACGAGGGAACCCAGCCGAAGGUACAUUAAAGCAUCUAAAUCCCUUCCUGGACAAUGUAUUCGGUUAUCAAUUGCUAAAGCUUGUAAUCAAAAUACAACAACAACAGCAACAACAACAUGAAGAAGAAAUUCGUCUAUGCCGGCAAAUCGUCGUUCGUGUCGUAUGCCUGAAGACCGCAAAAAAUCGAAACGUGUACCGCGGAGUUAUGGCAAAUUCUGUGUAG